CCUACCCACCUACUGGUUGUGGCCCAGCCUUGGAACCUCUGCCCAGGGUCUACGUGAGACUCAGGGCACCUGGGAGUGGAGGCACCAGUGUGUGUGGGGGGGUUCAUAACCAGGUGCUAAUCCCCAUCCGACCAAGAGGGAAAAACUGAGGAGUAGAGUGCAAGUGAUAAGCAGUGGAGCUUGGAUGUGACCCCAGGCAGCAGUGCAAGACGCCAGAGCACUCUUAACCCUCCGGCGUCUGUUUGAUCGUGGGCAGCAGCAUGAGCAGCGCCCCCGCGCCGGGCCCAGCGCCCGCCAGCCUCACGCUCUGGGACGAGGAGGACUUCCAGGGCCGCCGCUGCCGGCUGCUGAGCGACUGCGCGAACAUCGCCGAGCGCGGAGGCCUGCGCAGGGUGCGCUCUGUCAAGGUGGAAAAUGGCGCUUGGGUGGCCUUUGAGUACCCCGACUUCCAGGGACAGCAGUUCAUUCUGGAGAAGGGUGACUAUCCUUGCUGGAGCGCCUGGAGCGGCAGUGGUGGCCACCACAGUGACCAGCUGCUCUCUUUCCGGCCAGUGCUCUGCGCGAAUCACAGUGACAGCCGUGUGACACUGUUUGAGAGAGAGAACUUCCAGGGCAGCAAGUUUGAACUCAGCGAUGACUACCCAUCCCUGCCCUCCAUGGGUUGGGCCAGCAAGGAUGUGGGUUCCCUCAAAGUCAGCUCUGGAGCGUGGGUGGCCUACCAGUACCCAGGCUACCGGGGCUACCAGUAUGUAUUGGAGCGGGACCGGCACAGUGGGGAGUUCCGUACCUACAGUGAAUUUGGCACGCAGGCCCACACCGGGCUGCUGCAGUCCAUUCGAAGAGUCCAGCACUAAGCUCCACAGCCCUGACACCUCCCCUGAGGACCCUCAAUAAAGGCUCCUGAACCUG